AUGGCCGCGUCCACCCCGUCCGUCUGCUCCAGCGACCUGAGCUACGGCAGCCGCGUCUGCCUGCCCGGGUCCUGGGACUCCUGCCCCGACUCCUCCUGGCAGGUGGACGACUGCCCAGAGAGCUGCUGUGAGCCCCCUUGCUGUGCCCCCCCCUGCUGCACCCCCAGCUGUUGCCAGUCCAGCGGCUGCACCCCGGCCUCCUGCCUGACCCUCAUCUGCACCCCCGUGAGCUGUGGGUCCAGCCCCUGCCAAUCAGCCUGCACCAGCUCCUGCCGGCCCUCCUGCUGCAGCUACUCCCCCGGCCAGGAAGCCUGCGGCGAGUCCGUCUGCUGCAAGCCCGUCUGCUGCACCCCUGUCUGUUGCAAGCCCGUCUGCUGCAAACCCGUCUGCUGCGAGACCUCCCCCUGCUCGGCCUCCUCAUGCUGCCAACAGUCUAGCUGCCAGCCCUCCUGCUGCAGCUCCUCUCCCUGCCAGGAAGCCUGCGGUGCGUCUGUCUGCUGCACCCCUGUCUGCUGCACCCCUGCCUGCUGCAAGCCCCUCUGCUGCACCCCUGUCUGCUUCACCCCUGUCUGCUGCACCCCUGUCUGCUGCAAGCCCGUCGGCUGCACCCCUGUCUGCUGUGAGGCCUCCCCCUGCUCAGCCCCCUCCUGCUGCCGGCCCAGCCCCUGCUCCUCGUCCUGCUGCAGACCCUCCUCCUGCGUGUCCCUGCUCUGCCGGCCCCUGUGCAGGCCCGCCUCCUCCUGCCAGCCCAGCUGCUGCCGCCGGGCCUCCUGCGUGUCCCUGCUCUGCCGGCCCGUGGGCCCCCACCAGGCCUGCUGUGUGCCCUCCUCGGCCCAGAAGUCCUGCUGCUGACGGGC